GUGAACUUGCAGCACGUCCGUCGCAUCCUGCUGGAGGAGGCGAAGGUGGUGAGAAAGACCUUCAUGGGCGCCCUCAACCCCUUCUACAGGCUGGAGGAACCGCUGAUGGAGUCCCUGCUCAAGAUCCUGCCGGAGGACGCUCACCGUAGGGCGGUCGGGAGGGUUUUCCUGUCGCUCACCAAAGCUUCGACCUUGACCAAUGAGGUAAUAAGCCAAUAUGCCACAAGAGAUGAGUUGAUUCGAGCCAUCCUUUGCUGCUGUUUCCUGCCUUGCCUUUCUGGCUACACUGCUCCGAUCUUCAACGGUCGCAGGUACAUCGACGGAGGCAUGAGCAACAACAUGCCGCUCAAAGGCCCGACGAUCGUGAGCAUCAACGCCUUUUCCGGCGAGUUCGAGAUCUGCCCGAGGGACGAGACCGGCGACCUCCGACCCCUGAACCGGUCCCUGAACCAGUGCCUCGCCAUGAGCAACGAGAACCUGUACCGUCUCAAGUGCGGCCUCCUCCCGCCAGAACCGGAGGAACUGGACCAGCACUACCAUUACGGUUAUUUCCACGCGAGGGAUUUCUUCUGUCCUUCUGGGGCUUCGAAGGUUCGGAGGCCCGUGAAGCUUCGGAUGGAGGGAAGUGGCGAGGGCGAGGGAGAGGAUCAAGAGAGGAAGAGAUAGAGGAUUUUGAUGAUCUUGAGGAGGAGGGAAGGGAAGGCGUGGAAUUCGUAAUCUGAGAGAGUGAAAAAAUGGUAAUCUCGAGGAAUAGAAGUGAAAGACGUUCUUCGUAAUCUGAGAGAAGUGAAAGAAAGAUAAUCUGCGAUGAAAGACGUUCUUCAUAAUCUGAGAGAGAGUGAAAAAUGAUAAUCUGAGAGAGA